AUGUCUACAUCUAUUCCAUCAAACGAAAUCCUUCGAAACUUUUUAAAAAAUGAACCGUUAGAACAAUUAUCUAUUUCCAGAAUAAUCCAUGAGCUGUGGAGAGUUUUCGGAAUGGAAACGGUAAAGCUAGAUUGUGAACGUAUUAUAAAUAUGUUAGAAGAUAUGUUGGAUAAAGACAUUAGCGGUGAUCGUAAAUCACAUCUUCAAGAGUUGAAAAACAUUGACAAGAUACGUUUUUCAUGGAAUGAACUCAAAACACUAAAGGAUGCCGAUUUAUUUUGUAAUAAAUUUGAGGAGCAAACGGAUUGGAAAGUAGAGGCCGAAUGUACUAUAGGCAAUAUAAAAGAUAAAUUGGAG